AUGGCCGAGUCUGCGCGCAAAAGGCAGCGUCUCCCCCCAGAGCGUGACUUUCAGCAAACACCUACCAGCAAUGCGUCUCUCCAACCCACAACGCCGUUCCGCCGUGCCAUAAGUUCGGGCCCCACUCCAGGAAGCAAAAGGACGCCCAUUGCUCGCACACCAGGAACGGGCGUGACUCCUCGGGGCGGUCCAGCAACCCGUCCUCUGCCGUCGCGAAGGAUUGCGCCAACUACCCCUCAUGCGAUAAGAGCGCUGAGAGAGCGAGCCAAUGCGGCGAGGACACCAGGGAACAACCGCAGACGAAGCGGGCGCAUACAACGGGAGACGCCGCGGGAUAUACUGCGCGAUCUUAGCAGAGCGCUGGCUCGUGAUACUCGUCCAGUCGAACCCUCUCCACAGGCCCUGCCUCAACGGACACGCCAUUCAGCCCUCGAUCUUCCAGACGUUGAGGAUGGUCCAAACAUGCCUGCGCCCCGGCUUUCCAUGCCCCUCGAGAACAUGUAUGACGACGACGAUAGUUUCCACAGUGCCCCGCCGCGGCAGUCUCUACUACCUGACCUACCGGACGAUGUGGAUGGCGGGACUGUACAAUCGCUCGAGUUUGGACGACGAGCCAUCAGCGAGGAUCCACGGUUCAUGUUUGGGGGAAGGCAGAGCGAGCGAUUCGGGGAUCUGAGCGAACUAGGGGCGGUGGAAGAGGAGUUCGAGGUCGACGGUACCUUCAUCAACAGACGUGCAGAUGGGCUCUUCGACCCCGCCAUCGACGACGCACUGGACGGAGAUGAAACAACAAUACAGGCAUUGACCGGUCGAAGAGAUGGACGGGGAAGCGACGUAAAUUUGGGCGUGUUUGGCGAUGGAGAGGAUGAUACAGAAGAGCCUACUUUUCGCUUCAUGAUCCCUGAGCGUAUGCGCGUACCAGCUCAAGAAGGUGCACAUACAAUACAGGAUGAGCAGGACGAGGACGAGCAAGAAUUAGAUGGAGAACCUCUGGGGCUGCCGGAUGACUACGACUCACUCAGCGGCGACGACCAGAACGAGGUCACUGCUGCUCUGAACGGCGAAGAUCCGACAGAAACCAAUGGCAUGCUAGGUUGGGAGUCAGAUCCGCCUGCAGAUGACGACGCCGAACUAGCCGCCUAUCGAGAAGAAGCAUCAGCCAUUGAUCGAAGUCUGCAGACCAAGUCACCCGAGCGAGCGGCUGCUGUUGAGCUGAAGGGUGUUCGCAAACCCAAGGAAUACAUGGUUUCUGAACACGGCAUCGGCUUCCCCUCGUUUCCCGCUGCGCCUGUCAAGAAGCUCGCUUUGAGCUUCAUGAAGUCGCAAGGAGGCAAGGCUCAGCUUAACAAAGAGACACUUGACGCGCUUGUGCACACAACCAACGACUUCUUUGCGCAGAUCAGCAUGGAUCUCGCAGCGUAUGCGCAGCAUGGUGGGCGAAAGAUGAUUGAAGAAAGCGACGUCAUCGCGCUCAUGAAGAGGACCCGUAAGACCACCAAUAAUAGUACAUCUUUUUCUCUGGCGCAGAAGAUGCUUCCCAGAGAGCUACUUCAGCAGCUGCGUAUGGAGCCUCCAGUAAAGCUGAAGGGACAGAAACGGAAACGCCUAAAUCCUAUCCGUGAGGAAGUUGAAGAUGACGACUGA